UACCAGGGGUGAAUUGGCCUGAUUUCAUGCAACAGUAUCAUGGCCAAGAAAGUGAGUCAAAGUCUCAGACAGAUGAGAAGAAUGAGCCUCAGUUUCUUGAUUGUCAAAAUCAUUUAGAUAAUAGAGAAGAACCCACAUAUAAUCAGAUUCAGCAACACUUUGACAUACUGAGUCCACCUCCGAUGCUGGAAAAGACUCCAGUAACUCCUGGGAAUUCUGGUCUCCAGGACAUUGUACAGAAUCAGGAGAAACAAGCAGAUAGGACUAAUGAGAGCUAUGUUCCACCAAAAGUGUGUUUUGUUUCCUGUCAGCCAAAUGAAAAGCUUGUAUCUUCUAGAGCUACCCCAGGGCACAGAACAAGAGCCAGUCCUGAAUUUAAGAAAGUUAAUGACAGAAUAGUGAAGAAUGUCCAUCAGUUAAAUAAGGGCACAGGAAAAGAAAAAAAGUAUAUGCUGGACUCUCACAAAAGAAAGCAGCAAGACAAAAGAGGGAUAGUCAGCUUGGGGAAUGAUGAGUCACCAUCUUCAGAUAAGAAAAGCUCAUUUUCUGACUCCACAACUUGUUACUGUGUAUGUCCAAAAAGUGAGGAUCUUCCAAAUGUACACUAUGCUAACCAAAAUCUGGACCUUUCUGAACCUGACUAUGCUAAUGAUGAGCCCAGUGGAUCAGAGGAGAUGGCCUUGAGAAGAUCUAGCAAAUUCUUUGUCAAGAAAAAGAGGUCUCAGAAGCUGUUAGGACUGAAAGAUGACUCCUCCAGGGCUGGCAGCAGUGAAUCAAGUACUGAAACUAUUGAACUAAGAGGGAGCUGGACUCAGUCCUCUUUUCAGACGUCUCAUGACCACCAUGUUGGGCCAACAAGGCCCAAGAAAGAGCUGAAGCCCAAAAGUACCACCAGGAGCAUCCAGAUUCCAGACAUGCAGCCACCAGCUUGUGAGCUUGUAACCAGUUUAUUCCCUGUUUUGAAGGACAAAGUAAACUCACCUGAGCAAGAACCAUAUGAAACCUUCCAUGAAGACGCUAAAAAAAGACCCACAGGGAAAUUACAGGAACUUGAAGAAGAGAUUGAUGAGCUCCAUGGAGAAAACCCUCUGCUUUCCCAGGUGAAAGCAAAGCAAGAGAAAGUAAUACAAUUUCUCAGAGCACACAUAAAUCACUUCAAGGCAGAAAAGGUCAAAGAGGUGAGCUUUUCAGAUGAACAUUACAAAGAAGAAGAUUCCCGAGCACAGCUUACAAAGGCAAACCUGGAAAAAUGGACAAAGACCUCUGGAAUCUCUAAAAAGGAUGAUGAUACAAAGGAGAGGUUGAUCUUAAAGAAACAAAUCAAUAGGCUACAAGAGCAGUUCAAGAUAAAUGAAUCCCGGUGGUCCAUGGCUCAUAUCAAACUCCAGAACCAGAUAGAAUUCCUAAUGAAACAGAACCUGGAGCUCCAAGAUGAACUUCGAACUUCGGAACAUCAGUGGCUGGAAAUCGCCAAGAAAUCACUGGCUUUACAUUCUGCAAGAAAGAAAUCAGAAUCUCUGGCAUCAGAACCAAUUCUUAAAGGAUCUUCAAGCCUGUCAAAGAAUGAGGGAACACCAAUGCACUCUAGUCCAAAGAGUUGCGUAGGCCAGAGAUUAUCAUCUGAAAAAUGUACUUCUCUAGAGCCAGAAAGCAACAAAAUAGAAAGAAUGGAAUCUAAGAAAGCAACAUCAAGAGAACAGAGAGAAAAAUCUAUUUCCAGAAGCCUUCGAGUCAGAAGUCCUCCACCUAUUGGAAAGAGAUCUGACCUAGAACGAAGAAUCCCACCAUCUGAUCCAGAAAUGGUCAUCCAUCGAUUUCCAAGAAAUCUGCAAAAAGCAAGUUCAAGAAAAUCACCAGUGCCGAUUUCCCCACUUGUCAUGUAUAAUGAAAGCUUGGCAGCUUAUGAAAAUGACAGGUCUCCACUGACCUCUGGGAAUUAUGAAGAUACACUCUUCCUUCGGGUUUGGAAUGAUGAUCACAGGUCAUCUGCCUUUCAUCAGAAUAAAAACACUCAGAGUUAUUCUUCCAAGUUGGCAACAUCCAGAAAAUUAUUGCUGUCUAUGAAAAGUAAGAAAAAUGAAGAGGAAAUACAAAAAGAAACAAAGCACCCAGAUGGCAAGGUGGAAUGGAAAUUUUCAGAUGGACGGAAAACAAUCGCUUUCCCCAAUGGUACCAAGAAGGAGAUCAGUGCUGAUAAGAAAACAACUAUUGUGACGUUUCCAAAUGGAGACCUGCAGAAGUUCAUGCCUGAGCAGAGAGUGCUUUAUUAUUAUGCAGAUGCUCAAACAACCCACACCACUUAUCCUGAUGGUCUGGAAGUGCUACAAUUUCCUAAUAAGCAGAUUGAAAAACACCAUCCCAACGGCACUAAGGAGAUUGUGUUUCCAGAUGGGACAGUGAAACACCUCGGUGUCACCCAUGAGAAGACAGUGUUCCCCGAUGGCACAUUGGUGAAAGUAGAAAGGUUAGCAUUGAAUGGAGAUAAAACCAUUAUAUUCAGUAAUGGGCAGAAGGAGAUCCACACUUCACAAUUCAAGAGGAGGGAAUUCCCUGAUGGUACCGUCAAGACUGUAUAUAACACUGGCCAUCAGGAAACGAAGUAUAUGUCGGGCAGGGUUCGAAUCAAAGAUGAAACAGGAAAGACCAUCCUUGACAAGAAGUGAUUUGCCUCUUCUGCGUGUAAAAUUAUGUAGGCAAUUCAGAUUACUUUUUAUUCAGAUUUUCUUUCAUUUUUUUUUUAGCCGUCUGACCAGAGAGGAGACAUAGGUAAGGGCCUAUCAGGAGAGGGGUAUGAGAGAUCUCAAACCCAAUUAAUUAUGUAGAAAUUUUUAAAAGAAAAAAUGAUUCCCUUAGUUCUCCAUUUGGAAGGAAAAAAAAAGGUGGUUAAAAUAACGCUCUUGAGUCAACUUCUUGUUCCCAAGGCAAUCGCUCCUGGUCCACUCUAGGUCAUUUAUUCUUUGGUGACCAGAUGCGCCUGCUGUUGGAACACCUUGCUGAGCUCCCUUCUUCUGCCAUGCUUUACUUGGACUCACCACUUCUGUUUACUUUGUUCAUUCAUCCCAAAACAAGUGAAUUUAGCCUUUUUCAAAUCCUGCCUCGUUAGGAGCUGUCUAAACAGCAAUGCCUGUCUUAUUUCCAGAGCUACAUUUUUGUACUUGGCUCCAAACACAGUGAACAGAUUGAAGGAGCUUUAAACAGUCUUGUAGCAACACCUGUCAGGAGCUCCAGGCUUAACCACCUCUCGCACUUUACCUUUAAUUCUCUGGCAGCCAUUUAUCCUCUUAGCAACUUCAUUCUUAAUCCCAAGUGUGAAAAUGAUUGCAUGAUUUUUACUAACCUUACAAUUUUGAUUCCAUUUUAAGCAACGCAUAGAAUGCAGAAAUAAACUACUUUUUUUUUUUCUGAAACAAUUAGAGCCCAGAAAAUGUAGGAAAUGAAUAACUUCCUGUAAAUGUCAUCACCGAUGACAGGAUGUGGCCAGACAUGAGUUGCUGAAUAUGCACUCUUGUAUAUUUUUAUGUGAAACCAGAUGUGAUAAUGUAUUUUCAUGACGAUAAUCAUCUUGGCCCUGGGUGUAUAUUGUGUCCAUACUGCUGUGUUCUUUUAAGAUACUCUUGUAUUAUUUAAAGAA